AAAAGAUGCAGUGUUCUUUUGGGGGUGGGGGUGGAGGGGUUGGAAUUACCAGAGAAGUUGACUUUGACCAGGUGGGAAAGAGAGGAAAUUGAAUCCUGUUGAGUUUGAAGUGGCAGCAGUAUCUACUAUCAGCAAUUUGCUAAAGAAAGAAGAUAAAAUGUUCUAGCGUGGCUGCAUCUGCUUUCCUAUCAGCGUCCAGCUACCUGCGAGAACAAACUAACACUGACCCAUGACUCUGCCUUGGUUGAGGCUUUCCCCUCAGUCUGGCUGGCUCCUCCUCCAUACCUUUGCACAUCACAUCCAUAUCCAUCCAUCUAGAUCUGUUUGUAGAUUUUCUGAUCCUCCCAACUCCCGAGCAUUAUUUAUCUGUACCUAUGACCUUCCCCAUAUAAUAUCUCGUACCGAGGCUACUUACGCAGAAGUCCGAUCUCUGUUAAUCUUCAAGCCACUUGAAGGCAGUCAGGGUUCGAGUCGGUUCCAGUUUUGUUCCCCUUGGUAAGUAUCCAGGACAUCGUAGGCAUCAGUAAAUACUGAUUGGACGAGCACAAUUGUGGGAGGAAAACAGUUCUUCCCCCAGAUACCCAGAAAGCAUCUUCCAUUUCGGUGCUCUAGGGAGCCUGGAAGAAGGCAGGGGAGCGGCGAGAAGCACGUCGCGCGCUGGGCACUACCGAGGUGCGUGCGGGCUGGGGCGGAGGGCAGAGGGCCGGUGAGGCCGGGCGAGAGGCGCGGCCGGGCAGCCCUCCUCGUGAUCCCUCCUCCCCCUCCGCGGCUACGAGUCAGGUGAUUCCGGCACGUGACGGGGCACCACCUACCCUGCUGCUCUCGAGUGGCAGCUCGGGCGGCCAAUGAGGCGCUGGGACUCGGCUCCGGGCCUAUGAGAGCCGGGCUCUGGGGGCGGGCCGGACGGCGGCGGCGGCGGCGGCGGCGGAGUCGGAGUGGGGAGGCGGCGGCCUGGCUAGGCCUGGCCUGGCCUGUCAGGGUGCGGGCGGCGGCGGCUCCAGCACCAUGUCCCUGCAGUACGGGGCGGAGGAGACGCCCCUCGCCGGCAGUUACGGCGCGGCUGAUUCGUUUCCAAAGGACUUCGGCUACGGCGUGGAGGAGGAGGAAGAGGAGGCGGCAGCGGCGGGCGGCGGGGUUGGGGCGGGGGCCGGCGGGGGCUGUGGCCCCGGGGGCGCUGACAGCUCCAAGCCGAGGAUUCUGCUCAUGGGACUCCGGCGCAGCGGCAAGUCCUCCAUCCAGAAGGUGGUGUUUCAUAAGAUGUCACCCAAUGAGACCCUCUUUUUGGAAAGUACCAACAAGAUUUAUAAAGACGACAUUUCCAAUAGUUCCUUUGUAAAUUUCCAAAUUUGGGAUUUUCCUGGGCAAAUGGACUUUUUUGACCCAACAUUUGACUAUGAGAUGAUCUUCAGGGGAACAGGAGCAUUGAUAUAUGUCAUUGAUGCACAGGAUGACUACAUGGAGGCUUUAACAAGACUUCACAUUACUGUUUCUAAAGCCUACAAAGUUAACCCAGACAUGAAUUUUGAGGUUUUUAUUCACAAAGUUGAUGGUCUGUCUGAUGAUCACAAAAUAGAAACACAGAGGGACAUUCAUCAAAGGGCCAAUGAUGACCUUGCAGAUGCUGGGCUAGAAAAACUCCAUCUUAGCUUUUAUUUGACUAGUAUCUAUGACCAUUCAAUAUUUGAAGCCUUUAGUAAGGUGGUGCAGAAACUUAUCCCGCAACUGCCGACCUUGGAAAACUUAUUAAAUAUCUUUAUAUCAAAUUCAGGUAUUGAAAAAGCUUUUCUCUUUGAUGUUGUCAGCAAAAUCUACAUUGCAACAGACAGUUCCCCUGUGGAUAUGCAGUCUUACGAACUUUGCUGUGACAUGAUUGAUGUUGUAAUUGACGUGUCUUGUAUAUAUGGGUUAAAGGAAGAUGGAAGUGGAAGUGCUUAUGACAAAGAAUCUAUGGCAAUUAUCAAGCUGAAUAAUACAACUGUCCUUUAUUUAAAGGAGGUGACUAAAUUUUUGGCACUGGUCUGCAUUCUUAGGGAAGAAAGCUUUGAACGAAAAGGUUUAAUAGACUACAAUUUCCACUGUUUCCGAAAAGCUAUUCAUGAGGUUUUUGAAGUGGGUGUGACUUCUCACAGGAGCUGUGGUCACCAGACCAGUGCCCCCAGCCUGAAAGCGUUGGCACACAAUGGCACACCGAGAAACGCCAUCUAGUCUGAAUCCCAGUGUCGGGGCUCCGUGCCAGCUUACUCUUCACUCCAGGGUCAGAUGCCGUGUGCUACAGGACAUGGGAGCUGCUGCUUGUGGGAAUCUGGUGCCUGUCCCACUAGAGACAAGGGGUAGAGUUUCUCAUUUGGAUGAAAACCCCUUCAACCAGUGGUGUACGACUGAAGCUACUAUUUCUUUUUGAAAAAUGGCAAAAAAAAAAAAAAAAAAAAAAAAGAAUUCUAGAGACCACAGAACUCAAGUUUGUCUUUUUCCUCUUUUGGGUCCUACUUUAAGUAGUUGGGAUAUUUUGGACCUGGAGAUAAUACCAAUUACCCAUCCUUACCAGGGAAUGUUGCCAUCAAGUCCAGUUGAAAAUAAUAGAAAAAACUGAGUUUUUAUAUGCUUCACUUAGGCUUUCACUGAGUAUUCCCUAAAGAUCUGCCUUGCUUAAAUUCUAACACUGCCUCUCAGAUUUCAAUUUUGGACAUUGCACAUGUAAGACCUUUAAAAUGCAUUUGCUUGCUAACUCAGAAGACACAUAGUCUGACUGCAGCAAAAGACAUUCCUGUAUUUGUUAUUGAAGAAAUAAGAGAAAAUUUUAUGCUGCAUCAGGUGGAGAGCAAGGCUCAACAGUGGCUGCAUUAGUUCCCUUGGAAGUGGUGAGGAAAAAACUUUGAAACAGAAGAAAAUUUUCACACGUGUGUUUUGAGUACCAAAUGUCUGGGUUCUUUCUCCUGCAUUAGAUAAAUGAUCGUGUUCAAUGUAACAAAGGGAAUUAAAAAAAAAAGUUUUUCCCACAGUCACCUUCUAGGGGAGAAACUCAUUAUGUCACUGAAGUAUUUAGCUCACUUUUCUUUAAUCUUGGUAUCAGUCUAUACAUACCUUUUAUUCUAAGCUAUCUGGAUUCUUUAUUGCUAUUUGCUGACCAUGAAUGACCCUAAGGCAGUGGUGGAUUGUCCACUGGGAGUUGGAAAGAGCACUGGUGUCACAACAAUGUGUUGUUUUACAUCCUUUGUCUCCAGUAUUCUGACACCAAGUUUCAGCUGUGGUACUUUCUUUGCCUAGGAUAUUAAUUCAUAGUUAUUUGUUUUUUGUUGAUGGUUGAUACCUUUCCAUUGAUUUAACUUACAUAUUAUUUUUAUUCCACAUGCCCAGUAGUCAUAUAUUCCAAAGCCACUGGACCACUUGAGUACAUAAGUGCCACUGUUUAACUCGAUAUGUAUAUUCAGGUCUGUAAACCUAACAGUGUGACUUGGAGUGCUUCCUGCCGGUGAUUCUGACUGUUGAGUAUUUACAUGGACCAUGGUGAUAUCCAAAAGAAAAAUGCUUUUAUAUUUAUAGAUUAUUUCAUUGAACUAUAUAUAAAAUGGGUAUCAAUAAAUGUAUUUACUCCAAAA